CACCUUUUAUUACUACCAAUCAUCUUGUAACAUAAGUCUGGUUAAAUUCACUGUAUUGUUUUACGAGAACCAAUUUCUUUCUUUUAGAAAAUUUAUUGAUAUUUUUUUUUUCUAAUUGUGCAGGAACAUGACUUGGAUAACGAUAAGGAGAAAGAGAAAAGGAGAAUCUGUUAAAAUACUUGCGCCAAGGAACUUGACUUGGGUAUCGACGAGGAGAAAGAGAAAAGGAGAACCUGUCAAAAUACUAGCACCAAGGAACUUGACUUGGAUAACGAUAAGGAGAAAGAGAAAAGGAGAAUCUGUUAAAAUACUAGCGCCAAGGAACUUGACUUGGGUAUUGACGAGGAGAAAGAGAAAAGGAGAACCUGUCAAAAUACUAGCACCAAGGAACUUGACUUGGAUAACGAUAAGGAGAAAGAGAAAAGGAGAAUCUGUUAAAAUACUAGCGCCAAGGAACUUGACUUGGGUAUCGACGAGGUAGGAUUUACGUAAAAGAUUUCUCUCCUAGAAACGAAGUUAUCUUAUUUAUUCUAGUUCUCUAAAUAUGUAGUUUUGUAAUUAUUCCGACCCCUAUUAUAUAUAUAUAUAUAUAUAGUUUGGUUUUGUUUGUUUGCUGCUAAAAGCACUCCUACAUGAACGUGGAUGUAGAUGAGCCUUGCUUACAACAAAGAUUGUAUAAUUGUGGAUAAGUUAUGCAUAUGUCAUCUAUUUGUUUCCUAGUAUCAUUCACAGUGAUGCCUUAAAAAAUAAAUCAUUCUUUGCAGGUGAAAGCACUACUGUAUGAACUUGGAGCUCAGACCGAAAGGCUUUCCCUCGGUUGGGAGUUAAAGCAGAGGCCAAGUAUGCCUCAUGGAUGAUAUUACCCUCAUUUGGGAGCUCAGGCCAAGGCGGAGCAGACCUGAUCAAAGGGCCUACCUUAGUUGGGUGCUUAGGCCAAUGUCGAGCUCCACUGACCAAAGGGCCGACCCUCGGUUAGGAGCUUAAGCAAAAGCCGGGCAUAGCUAACCAAAGGGUUUUGCCUCGAAGUGGGGAUGAGGCUAACGCCGAACACCCUGAUUGAAGGGUCAAGCCUCAGUUAGGGCUUAAGCCUAGGCCGAGCACACCUGACCAAAGUGCACCUGACCAAAGUGCUAACCCUUAAUUGGGAGUUCAAGCUAAAGCUGAGCACACCUAACCGAAGGGCCUUCCCUUGGUUAGGAGCCCAAGGCAAGGCUGUGCAAACCUGACUGGAGGGUCUACUCUCGGUUUGGGGUCAAACUAAGGCCGGGCAUACCUGACCGAAGGGCCUACCCUCGGUUUGGGGCUCUGGACAAGGCUAGACACACUGGACCGAAGGGCCUGCCCUCGAUUGGGAGCUGAGGACAAAGUCGAGCAUAGAUGACCGAAAGGCCUUGCCUUUGGUUAGGGC